AUGGCUAGUCCUAGUAGUUCUAUUAUCAUCGUUGGUGGGCGGUACUUCUCAGGCGCGGGAGUCUUUGGCCUUUCCACGGCUAUCCAUCUGCAGCAUCGAGGGUUCAAGAACGUUACAAUCUUUGAUAAGCAAGACUAUCACAAAUCUGCCUACUCUCCAUUCGAUGGUGGAGAUUCAGCCUCUGCAGAUAGCCACAAGGUGAUUCGUAGCGCCUAUGGAUCGAACAAGCCCCUACAAGACCUUGCAAACCGAGCCAUUGGAACUUGGAAGCAGUGGAAUGCCGACUCUGGCGUCGAGUUGUUCUCUCAUUCUGGCUGGGCCCGAGUGACUGAGAUUGGAAGACCCCAGGAUGUCGAUAUUGCUACUUUCAAUACUCUGAAGCUUGUCGGGCUUGGGGACACCCAGUACUUCCUCAACAACGAUGAGGACUUGAAGAGAGCCCGGGAGCAAGGAUGGUACGGGCCCAAGUUCGACCAGUUCAACAGGCGAGAGCGAGGCUUGCCGCUGGAUGGUGUAUUUGACUCAAAUGCGGGCAUGGUCCAAGCAGACCUCGCAUGCAAGUAUGCUCUCCAGCUGGCUAAGUCCGGAGGCGCCACAACGAUCUUCAGUCCAGGGCAAGGAGAAUUCACCGGGUUCAUCCGUGCCGAGAAUGAGCCCAACCGUGUUAUUGGAAUCAAAACCAAGGACGGGAAAGAGCACAGAGCUGAUCAUGUGAUUGUGGCAGCUGGCCCGUACACACCGCAGAUUGUCCCGGAACUGCAGUCAUUUGUGACCGCAACUGCCGGCAACUUCAUUUUCGUCAAGGUCCCCGAGCAUCUCCGGCAUCGAUACGAGGCCGAUGUCUUCCCCACCUGGGCAUGGAACUAUUCGGGAAACUCUGAGAGUGGUGGCCUCACAGGCUUUCCAGUUGACAGGCACGGAAACUUGAAGAUUUCGUAUCGAUCGCCUAAAUGGACAAACCCCGUAGCAUCGACUACGCAAGAGGCUCCAAUUUCGAUCCCUGCGACCAUCGAGGAGAUCGCGAGUCAAGGCGGACCGCCUCUGUCCCCCUUGGAGGAAACAAAGGCGUUCAUCAAAGAAAAUUUGCCGGAACUGGUCGGGGAGGAAAUUACCUUGGCUAAAAUGUGCUGGUACACCGAUACAGUUGAUCUCCAGUUUGUCGUGGAUAGAGUUCCUUCAACGGAGGGCAUCAUUGUUGUCACAGGCGGCAGCGGACACGGCUUUAAAUUCCUCCCGGUUCUUGGCGAAUACGUUGUCGACGUUCUUGAG